AUGUAUAUCAUCUAUCAGUGCAACGGCCGACGCACCGGCAACACCAACGCCGACGGCGCCUACAAGCCGUCGUUCCUGACCGAUCAGGAGCUGAAGCACCUGAUCCUGGAGGCGGCCGACGGCUUCCUGUUCGUGGUGGCCUGCGACACGGGCCGCAUCAUCUACGUCUCGGACUCGGUCACGCCCGUGCUCAACCAGAGCCAGGCCGACUGGUUCGGCGCCACCAUCUUCGACAUGCUGCACCACGAGGACGUGGAGAAGGUGCGCGAGCAGCUGAGCACCCAGGACACGCAAGGCAGCGGCCGGAUACUGGACCUGAAGACCGGCACCGUCAAGAAGGAGGGACACCAGUCGACGAUGCGGCUCUGCAUGGGCUCGAGGCGGGGCUUCAUCACGCGCAUGAAGAUCGGCAACGUGCAGCCGGACAACAUGAUGUCGGCCCACCUGAACCGGCUGCGCGGCCGCAACUCGUUGGGCGCCGGCGCCGACGGCAACAACUACGCCGUCGUCCACUGCACCGGCUACAUCAAGAACUGGCCGCCCACCGAUUUCCAAGGUAUCCAACUGGAGCGGGUGGACGACGAGGUGAUGGGCAGCUCGCACUGCUGCAUGGUUGCCAUUGGCCGACUCCAGAUCACCUCGGUGCCCAGCGCCAGCGAGCUCACCAACGCCAGCAACAGCAACGAGUUCGUCAGCCGUCACGGUAUGGACGGCAAGUUCUCGUUCGUCGACCAGCGCUGCCUCAACCUGGUGGGCUACACGCCGCCCGAGCUGCUUGGCAAGCUCUGUUUCGACUUCAUCCACCCUGAGGAGCUGGCCAACGUUAAGGAGAACUUCGAGCAGGUGAUAAAGAUGAAGGGCCAAGUGAUGAGCAUUAUGUACCGGUUCCGGUCGAAGAGCCGCGAGUGGGUCUGGCUGCGCACGUCCGCCUUCGCCUUCCUCAACCCGUACACGGACGACAUCGAGUACAUCGUGUGCACCAACACGUCCGUGAAGGCGGUGGGCGGCGGCGGCGCGACGGCCGGCGCCGAGCCCGAGCACGCGGCCGACCCGUACGGCCACCCGCCGGGGCUGGACUACUCGAUGCAGCGGUACCAGCACAUGGCACACGUGCAGUCGGCGCAGCGUCCGAGCAGCACGCAGACGGCGUACAGCUACGACGCCACGCAGAGCCCGCUGGGCUACUCGCCGGUGCCGGCCGGCGGCGGCCGCGGCCUGCAGCAGUACAGCCAGAUGUCGCCGGCCCGCUCCGGCAGCGGUCAGUUUGAGAGCCGGGCUGGAACCGUGCACGAGUCCACCAGCCGGCAGCGGUCAGUCUGA